AGGGAAAAAAAGCGUGAGGUGAGCGGGCCGCGUGCCGCGCUGCCUAUAAAAUGGGGGCCGGGCGCGGGCGCGCGGCUCGUUCGCAGCUGGCGCUGGCGGCGGAAGGUCGCCGCGAAGAGAGAGAGAAAGGCAGCGCGAGAGCCGUCGCGCGCGUCCGCCCCAACGGCCGUUCCCCGCCGCCGCCCCCUCCCGCCAUGAAGACCAAGUUCUGUAACGGCGAGGCCGACCCCUCUCCGCUCGGGCUCCUCCUGGGCUGCAGCCCCGGCACCGGCGGGGGCGGCGUCGUCCUCCCCGCCGCCGGGCAGCCCCCCUCGCCGCUCUCCCACGGCGGCCCCGAGGGGAAGGACCCCGCGGCGGCGGGCAGAGGCGGGGGUGCCGUGAGCCCGCCCUCCCCCGUGCCGCCGCCGCCCGAGGAGGAGCCGCCGCUCGACCCCCGCACGCGGCGCAGGGCCUAUCUGUGGUGCAAGGAGUUCCUGCCGGGGGCCUGGCGGGGGCUGCGGGAGGAGCAGCUCCGCAUCAGCCCCAUCAGAGGUGGCCUCAGCAACAUGCUGUUUCAGUGCUCGCUGCCUGAUUCCAUUGAGACAGUUGCAGAUGAACCACGGAAAGUUCUGCUGCGCUUGUAUGGUGCAAUCCUGCAGAUGAGGUCCUGUAAUAAAGGAGAAUCAGAACAGUCUCAAAAGGAAAAUGACUUGCAAGGGGCAGAAGCCAUGGUUUUGGAAAGUGUUAUGUUUGCCAUUCUUGCAGAGAGAGCUCUUGGCCCAAAGCUGUAUGGAAUAUUUCCGCAGGGGAGACUAGAGGAAUUUAUUCCCAGCAGGAAACUAAGUACUGAAGAACUAAGCUUGCCUGACAUAUCUGCUGAAAUAGCCGAGAAGAUGGCAGUAUUUCAUGGCAUGAAAAUGCCAUUUAAUAAAGAACCUAAGUGGCUUUUUGGGACAAUGGAAAAGUAUCUAAAUCAAGUGCUGAGGAUAAAAUUUACUAGAGAAUCCCAAACUAGGAAGCUGAAUAAACUCCUCAGCUACAAUCUACCCCAGGAAAUGAAAAAUCUAAGAGCUAUGCUUGAAGCUACUUCAUCACCAGUGGUAUUUUGCCACAACGACUGUCAGGAAGGUAAUAUCUUGCUUCUAGAAGGCAGAGAGAAUUCAGAAAAACAAAAGCUGAUGCUCAUUGACUUUGAAUACAGCAGCUAUAACUACCGAGGCUUCGACAUUGGAAAUCACUUCUGUGAGUGGAUGUAUGAUUACACAUAUGAGAAGUAUCCGUUCUUCAAAGCUAGUUUUCUUAAAUAUCCUUCAAAGAAGCAACAGCUUCACUUUAUCUCCAGUUACCUGUCUGCAUUCCAAGAUGGCUUUGAAAAUCUGAGCAAUGAAGAGAAGUCCAAAUUAGAAGAAGAAAUGUUGCUAGAAGUUAACAGGUUUGCCCUUGCAUCACACUUCUUCUGGGGUUUGUGGUCUAUUAUACAAGCAAAGAUCUCAUCCAUUGAAUUUGGUUACCUGGAAUAUGCAUUAUCCAGAUUUGAUGCGUACUUUGAUCAGAAGAAGAAGCUCCAAGUAUGAAUGUGGGAGAAGUGGCCUGUUGGUUACUGUAUGAAGAGGGCAGCUGGACAGAACUUUCACCGUGCUUAGGCUACUGUAUCUGAAACGAAGGUGUCACUGACUUCCAAUUCCUUGGAAGGCAGGUGUACAAUACUGAAGACUGUAUAAAAAUGACUUGUUUACAGUUUCAUAAGUAUGUGGAAUGAGAUUGAGAGGCAAAAGUAAAAUACAACAGUGCAAUAUCUUAAAAUCCUUUUAAUCUAGAAUUUAAUCUAGAAGGUAUUUUAUAUUAUGGGAGAAGCUUACAAUUAAGUGUCAAUACCACCUGCAUCAGAGCAAACAGUGUUACUGUAUGUUUUCUAGGGGUUUGUUGUCAUGAUGAUGAAUGUUGUAAGCAGGACAGCUGUGAAGGUGAUAUAUGUUAGACAUUGCCUCUUAAUGAGAAGGAAAAGCAAAGGCGACAACUGUUACACUGUGAAGUAGGCUUCAAAUCUUACUGUGAGAUUAGGUUCAACAUGCCCCGUGAACACUAUCUUCAAAGCUGCUGAUACCUUACACCACUUUAACCAUAAAGCAAGGAAACACAUUGAAGCGGUGUGCUUUAAAGUGUUAUCUGCAUAUACAUGAAUGUUUCUCUUAAGCUGGUGUGCCUGUGAAGUAUGAAUGAGCUUUGAACUGGACAUUCCAAAGGAGUUUGUCUUCAACCGUUCAUUCCUCAUCCUUCAAGAACACGCUUUAGCCCAGCCUGGUUGUCUCCUAAAAUGCUGCGUCCUGCACAGGGGGUUCUGUGGGCAGUUAGCACUGGGAAGAGUGCCUUGAAUUACUCUAGCUACUCCCCAGACAACUGGAUUGACAUUGACAAGACUUACAAAUCAGAUCCCGUCUCUCUUCUUGACUUGUGUUGCCUCGGUACGUGGCUAUAAGGAAUAGUAGAGCCAAAGACUGCAGAGAACACUUCAGGAAAUCGCUGUUCUGCCCGUCCAAUGCUUACGUGGCUUGGGAGGUGCUUUUCUUUGUACCUCCAAUUUUCAUCAUGUUCCAGCAAUGCAGUAAAGUGGAGCGUCUUGUGGGGAACAAUAACCUGUAUAUUGAAACUUGAGUAUAAUCUGUGUACAUGUCAUCUAAAGAUUUCUUUAGAUUUUUGGGAACUUGUUUAUUUUGAACGUUAUUUGUUGUGCUUUCUAACACACUGUAUUAUAAAUAAUAAACUUUAAGUCUACCCUUUUUUCAUUUGUAUAGCAAAUACUGUUCCAAGCAGUUGAAGAAAAUGUGCAGCAUUUCAUGUACUGUAUUGCAUAACUUGUAAAAGCUGUCAGUUUAUUCUCUAGUAUAGAGAAUCAUUUUGCAUACGCAAUUAUUAAUACUUUAUAAUAAAUAUAAAAGCACUUGAAAAGAU